UAAACCAACAGUCAGCCAUCGCUUUGCUCCCAAAAGGAGAAACCGAUCGGAGCCAUGGCCGAACCAGCCACCGCCCUCCCCCUCGCCGACCGGGUGGCCAUCGUCACCGGUGCGUCCGGCGGCAUCGGCCGAGCCGUCGCCCUCCACCUUGCGUCCCUCGGCGCCCGCCUCAUCCUCGUCUACUCCUCCAACUCCGCCCGGGCCGACCUCCUCGCCGCCGGCUUCAAUUCCCCCUCCCAUACCCGAGCUGUAACCGUCCAGGCCGACGUCUCCGACCCGGUCUCGGUCCGCUCCCUCUUCGACCAGGCCGAGCUGGCCUUCUCCUCCCCUCCCCACAUCCUCGUCGCCUGCGCCGGCUUCCUUGACUCCAAGUACCCCACCCUCGCCGACACCACUGUCGAGGACUGGGACAAGACCUUCGCCGUCAACGUCAAGGGCAGCUUUCUAUGCUGCCGCGAGGCCGCCAACAGGCUGGUCCGCGGCGGAGGGGGAAGAAUCAUCACCUUCUCGUCCUCGAUAGCGGGCACGCUGCUUCCCAGUUACUCGGCCUACGCCGCGUCGAACGCCGCGGUAGAGGCGAUGACAAAAAUCCUGGCGAAGGAGCUCCAGGGGACAGGGAUAACCGCCAACUGCAUCGCGCCGGGACCAAUCAAGACGGACCUGUUCUUCGCCGGCAAGAGCGAGGAGUUUAUCGAAAGGGUGAUCCAGAAGAGCUCGGGGAGGAUCGGGGAGACCGAGGACGUGGCUCCCGUGGUCGGGUUCUUGGUCCAGGACGAGGCCCACUGGGUCAACGGCCAGGUGAUCCGGGUCAACGGCCAGGUGAUCCGGGUCAACGGAGGCUUCGUGUGAGGGUGAAUUUUGUUCGCUUGUAUUAAUAAUUAUAACAACCCAGGACCUCACCCAAAAUGGCUAGCCGGAAAAUAUUAUUUGGGUUUCUUGAUCCUGUAUAAGUA